UUGGRGACUCUUGCCCGCACUGUUCCGUCACCCUUCCUAGGAAAGUGAGAAGCGCUGGCAGUCGGACCACAGCUUUGCCCAGCCCGCAGCCGCAGGGAAGAGAAGCAGAAGCGGCUUAGGAGGCUCCGUCCUGCUCAGGAAGUCACGCCGUAGGAGCGAGGGCUGUGCCAGGAGCCGGGCUGGAGGUGUCAGCCCAGCCCCGGGCGUGGGCACCGAGCGGGACAGCAGCAGCAGCGGCGGCGGGAGGAGCACACCGGGGCUCCUCGGCGGGACCUCGGCACGGUCGGGUGCCGGACGGAGCUGAGCCCUCGGAGCUUUUGGCGGGCAGAUCUCAGCCCGGGAUUUGGCAGCAGCUGGAGGAAGCGGCCGUGGAGCAAGGAUCCGUUUCGGUGUGAGCUGGCCGCUUUUAGGUUGUUCACCAUGAGUGUGGCYGUGCUGCUCCUCCUGGGGCUGGGGCUGCUGGAGGCAGAAGGCAGAAGGAACAGGUGUUACUUCAACCGCACUCAGGAGUCCUGUGUGUGCUACAACCUGUCCGAGGAGACCGCAGGCAGCAUCAUCCAGUGCCUCGCAGCAACUGUGGUGGAGUUUCAGGGUGGAGAUGUGGAGAAAUACAUCGCCUUYCCCAUCAGAGACCUGGACUCCUCCGCCAUUGAAACCCUGGACUCCCUUAUCGUCCAGAAAAUAAUCAUUGCAAAUGUGCUGGUGCCUGAGAUACUCCUGGCCCGUGUGCUGAGGUUCUUCUCCUACACCCACGUGCAGGAGCUGGCCUUCAAGAGCUGCAUUUUCCAGGGCUCAGGGGACUGGAGUGACAUGGACGGCCAGACCUUGCCCAUACGCUCCCUGAGCUUCCACAACGUGACCUCGGCRCCGCUGACGGGCCAAGAGCAGGCUUUCUCCAGCCUCAGCAGGUGGCUGGAGGUCCUGGAGGAACUGAAUGUCACCAGCUCGCGUGUCACCAACCUGCCCUGUGCCGUCGGGAGGGCGCUCGGGGCGCUGCGCUCCCUGGACCUGGCACAGAACAGCCUCGGGGAUGGGAGCCUGAGCCCCACCUUCUGCCAGGGAGCUUUCCCYCAGCUCCAGGAGCUGAGUCUGCACCACAACAACCUCAGGUCCUACCACAGCGUGUGCGAGGGCUUGCAGCUGUUGCCGCAGCUCCAGCACCUCGAUCUCAGCCACAACAGCCUGGUGGCAGAGCCAUCCUCCUCCUGCCUGUGGCCAACAUCCCUCCGGCAUCUUAACCUGUCCAACGCCGGCUUGGACAACGUGCCAACCCCUCUGCCGCGCAGGCUCGAGGUGCUGGACAUGAGCCACAACCACCUCCACGCUGUAGACAUSUCCCUCAGCUCCCUGAAGAAGCUCUUCCUGAGCCAAAACCUGCUGCAGGCCGUCCCCUCCAUCAGGAAUUACCCCGUGCUGGACACCCUCCACCUGGACAACAAUUCCAUCUCGGAGCUGCCGAGGGAUGAGCUGAAGCUCCUGCGGCGCCUGCAGGACGUGGCCAUGGCUGACAAUCCCUUCAGCUGCUCGUGCUCCGGGGCYGGGGGGCUGCAGGCGCUGGCGGCCGGGGGGCACCUGGGGCAGGGCUGGCCCAAUGGCUACAGGUGCCAGUCCCCGGCUCAGUACCAGGGCUGGCCGGUGGCCCAGGUGCCCGUGUCGGUGCUGCGCUGUGACCCCGCUGCCGUGGCGGCCCCGGUGUGCGUGGCCCUGGCCCUGCUCGUCCUGCUGGGGGCUGUCUGUGUGGCCAGAGCCAGGUCCUGCCGCAGAGCCUGAGGGGCAGCCGGACCCUCCCAGCCCGGGGCUCUGUGGGGAGGCUCACGGGCCCCCCAAGCGCUGGCCAGGGGCUCUGGGUGUGCCAGUCUGGGGUCCCCUGUCCUCAGGUUAUCCCACUGGGGCUGUGCCAGCCAAGUUUGGGGCACCCCUYGCUGUGCCUGCUCUGCCCCAKGGCUGCACCCUCCCASAGGGGUUUCCAGCUCUCCAARCCCCACCAYGCCCCCAUUGUCCCUGCCGUGUCACCUGCCCUGGACAAGAGGAGUUCAGCUCCAUCGUGUCCCAAUGGCAGCACUCAGAUGCCCCAAGCCUCGCUGGGCUCUCUGGUCCCUGUCCUGAGCCCCCCAACCCAGUCCAGCCAUCCUUGGAGCCCCCAUGGYCCCUGUGCUGCUCCAGCCUGGCCAGGAUGGCAGGUUUGGCAGGAUGCUGCUUGGCUGUUCUUCAGCCUAAGAGAAAAACCACAAAAGACAGGAAAAUGGCUGAWUCCCUGCCUCUGCAUUAAAGUCUGUG